AUGCAUUCACCCUUCUCAGUGUCCACCAUCAACAGCCAAGCACACCUCCAAAGCUUUGCUCUGCCUCUUGUCCUCUGCUCCCUCUUCUCCAUCACAAAGCUGCAGCACACGCCUGAUCCACCAAUGCGCACCACUCCCGUGCCGUCGCCGCCGCCUGUGGCGCUGGUCGGAGUCAAGGGAGGCCACCACGUCUACGUCACGGUACCCCAACUCCCGGAAGGCGACGCGGCCGUCCAUGGCGGCCGGCAGCUCAAGUGCAGAGCCGUGCCCCUGCCGACGGCGGGGGAGACCUUCCGGGAGGCAGUAGCGCUGUGCCGGCUGGCGUUCCCGAUCGCGUUCACGGCUCUGCUGCUCUACUCGCGGACGGCCUUGUCGAUGCUCUUCCUGGGCUCCAUCGGCGACCUCCCGCUAGCUGCCGGGUCCCUCGCCAUCGGCUUCGCCAACAUCACCGGUUACUCGGUGCUGUCAGGGCUCUCGCUCGGCAUGGACCCGCUCUGCACCCAGGCGUUCGGCGCCAACCAGCCGCGCCUGCUUGGCCUCACCCUCUACCGCUCCGUCCUCUUCCUGCUCUGCUGCUCGCUGCCGCUCUCCGCGCUCUGGCUCAACAUGUCCAAGAUCCUCGUGUUCCUCGGUCAGGACAUGGAGAUCACGGCACUCGCGCAGGAGUACAUCCUCUUCUCCCUCCCCGACCUUUUCUCCUUCUCAGUCAUCCACCCGCUCCGGGUGUACCUCCGGUCGCAGGGGAUAACGUGGCCGCUGGCCGCAGCCGCGGGCGCUGCCGUGCUGUUCCACGCGCCGACCAACUACGUGUUGGUGGGGCGGCUCGGGCUCGGCGCUCCUGGGGUGGCCGCCGCGGCGUCGGCGUCCAACUUGGUGCUCCUGGUCGUGCUCCUCGCGUGCGUCCUCGGCCGGCGCGAUUCGGCGCUGCGAGCGGCGGGACCGCCCACGGCGGAGUGCCUCGCCGGGUGGGGCCCGCUCGCGCGGCUGGCCGCGCCCAGCUGCGUGUCGGUGUGCCUGGAGUGGUGGUGGUACGAGGUGAUGAUCCUGCUCUGCGGCCUCCUGCCGAACCCGAAGCCGGCGGUAGCGUCCAUGGGCGUGCUCAUGCAGACGACGGCGCUGGUGUACGUGUUCCCGUCGUCGCUGGGUUUUGGCGUGUCGACGCGGGUGGGCAACGAGCUCGGCGCGAACCGCCCCGGCCGCGCGCGCACCGCGGCGCACGUGGCCGUGGCCGGCGCCGCGGGCAUGGGCCUCGCGGCCAUGUCGUUCGCGGCCGGGGUGCGCCACGCCUGGGGCCGCAUGUUCACCACCGACGCCGACAUACUACGGCUGACCGCGGCCGCGCUCCCAGUCGUGGGGCUCUGCGAGCUCGGGAACUGCCCGCAGACCGUCGGCUGCGGCGUCCUCCGCGGCAGCGCGCGGCCGACGCGCGCAGCGCACGUCAACCUCGGCGCCUUCUACCUGGUGGGCAUGCCCGUCGCCGUGCUGCUGGCCUUCGGGCUCGGCGUGGGCUUCGUCGGGCUCUGGAUGGGCCUGCUCGCCGCGCAGGUGUACUGCGCCGGGCUCAUGCUGUUCGUCGUCGGCUCCACCGACUGGGAGGCGCAGGCGCGGAGGGCGCAGGAGCUGACGUCAGGCGCGGAGGGCGAAGUGGAGAAGCCUGCGGCCCACACGUCAGCGACGGCCGUGGGAGAGGGAGGCAGGCCGGAGAAGGGGGAGCAGGAGGGCGUGGAGAGGAGCUGCUACGACCACGAGCCGUUGAUCUCCAACAGUGGGGAGGCCGAGGCAGAAACUGUGUAG